AUGGCACUCGAACGACCGCCGCCCUUUUUGGCGGCCAUUGACCUGGCGGGAUACACGGGAAUCGAACAGAUUGAAGCGGCCAAGGAAUUGGCUUACGCCGGUGGAAUUGCUGCCAUCGUCUCCCCCAACACCAUUGACGCUGCCUUUUCUCUCCUCAAGGACACCGUCGCCCGCUUUCACGUCCAUUUGGAAGUGUCCACGCUAGAAGGUGUGCAAGAUGUCAUAGAUCUGUUGGACGCCGGCGCAACAAAGGUCUUCGUCAUCCGACAACAGGCGGCGGCAUUGAAGCAAGUCAAAAAUCUCGAUCUCACCCGCAUCGUCUACCACCCGACCACCGCCAACGCCGACGACGAGGUGAAUGUGUUGGAGGGAACGACUUUCGGCCUGUUCUUGCAAAACGUGGGCAAUGUUCAUUCGAUCAAAGAGCUGGGACCCGAACAUCCUCCCGUCUAUGUCACCAAAGUCAACAUGAGCGAGGAGGAGGCGGUGGAGCUGUCCCGCCAGAAUGCAGUUCCCAUCAUUCCUGCCACCCAGCUCACGACAGAUACUCAAGCCGAGGAUGGCAAGAUUCGCAUUGCUCCUCUUCUUCUUGCUCAAGCCCAGAGUGACCGUCCGGAUGGAUUGUUCACGACUCUCGUCACCGAUGAGAGAGGAAUUGCCCUCGGAUUGGUGUACAGUAACGAGGAGAGUGUCGCAGAGAGUCUGCGUUCGGGACGGGGAGUCUACCACAGCAGAAAGAGGGGAUUGUGGAGGAAAGGCGACACGAGCGGGGAUUGGCAGGAGUUGGUGCGCAUAGAAGCGGAUUGCGAUCAGGAUUGUCUGUACUUUGUGGUCCGACAGCAAGGGGUUGGGUUCUGUCACCUGCAGACCGCAACAUGCUUCGGACAGUAUCGAGGCCUAUCGAAGCUGCAGAAGACUCUGCAAUCGAGAAAGCGAUCUGCUCCCGAGGGAUCCUACACUGCUCGUCUAUUCAGCGACCCCAAGAUGGUCCACGCAAAGAUUAUGGAAGAGGCCGCUGAGCUUUGCGAGGCUCAAUCGAAAGAGGACAUUGCCGCCGAGGCUGCCGAUGUGCUGUACUUUACCCUUGCGAAAGCCACUGCUGCGGGCGUCACUCUCGAGGAUAUUGAGCGAAAUCUAGACGCAAAGAGCUUCAAGGUCAAGCGAAGAAAGGGCGACGCCAAGGGACCAUAUGCUGAAAAGUUUGGCGUCACCAAUGGCACCCCAAAGAAGGAAGUGCAAGCCAAUGGGACCGAAUCCAAGCCCAAGCCCGAGGACAACGGUCGCAUUGAAAUGCCCAAGUACUUCACUGCAAAAGAGACGCCCGAGACCAUCCUCAACGUCUUGCAAAGACCCUCCCAACGCUCCACCGAGAAGAUCAUGGCCAUCGUCAAACCGAUCAUCGAGGAGGUCCGCACGGGAGGCGACAAGGCCCUUCUGGGAUUCACGCACAAUUUUGAAAAAGCAACGUCACUCACAUCACCCGUGUUGAAGGCACCCUUCGCUCCGGAAUUGAUGCAAUUGUCCGCAGAAACGAAGCAAGCCAUUGACAUUUCCUACGAAAACAUCCGUAAAUUCCACGCCGCGCAAAAGGAAGAGAAGCCUCUGGAAGUUGAGACGAUGCCUGGCGUGGUGUGUUCGAGAUUCUCCCGGCCGAUUGAACGAGUAGGCCUCUACGUCCCCGGUGGAACCGCCGUCCUCCCUUCUACAGCAAUGAUGCUCGGUGUCCCCGCCAUGGUGGCAGGGUGCAACCGCAUCGUCCUCGCCUCUCCACCUCGCUCCGAUGGUUCCAUCACCCCGGAAAUCGUCUACAUCGCCCACAAAAUCGGCGCCGAAUCCAUCGUGCUCGCAGGGGGCGCUCAAGCCGUCGCAGCAAUGGCGUACGGCACCGAAAACGUCACCAAGGUCGACAAGAUUCUGGGACCCGGCAAUCAAUUCGUCACGGCGGCGAAGAUGCUCGUCAGCAACGACACGACCGCAAACGUAUCGAUCGAUAUGCCAGCCGGUCCCUCCGAAGUCCUAGUCAUAGCCGACGCGACCGCCAACCCAGCAUUCGUAGCUUCCGAUCUCCUCUCCCAAGCCGAACAUGGCGUGGACUCCCAAGUCAUCUUGAUCGCCGUGGAUUUGAACGAGCAACAACUCCAAGCCAUUGAUGAUGAACUCCACAACCAAGCUCUAACCCUCCCUCGAAUUGAUAUGGUCCGCGGCGCAAUUUCUCACUCGGUCACACUAGUCACGCGAAGCAUGGAAGAAGCCAUGGAACUAUCCAACGCCUACGCCCCCGAACAUCUGAUCGUGCAGACCGCCGACCCGGUCGCGGUGCGGGACAUGGUCAUCAAUGCCGGGAGUGUCUUCUGCGGGGAAUGGACUCCGGAAAGUGUGGGAGAUUAUUCCGCCGGGGUCAAUCACUCUCUACCCACGUAUGGAUAUGCAAAACAGUACAGUGGAGUCAAUCUUGGAAGUUAUGUCAAACAUAUCACCAGUUCGAGAUUGACCAAGGAGGGGUUGAGGAAUGUGGGAGGAGCGGUGAUGCAGCUUGCAAAGGUUGAGGAAUUGCAUGCUCAUGAAAGGGCUGUGAGUAUGAGAUUGAAGUGGUUGGAUGAAAGGGGGGAGUAA